AAAAAUUAAAAACUCAGAGAAGAUUCAAGUUGGAAAAGAAUCCUGGACACAAAGACCAUCCUACUCAACAACAUGAAGCUAAUUCAUUGUCUUCUCUUACUUUUGUGUGUUGGCUUAAGUUUUUGUAAGACUCUAUCACUCAUUCAACAGGAUCUUCUGGAUGAAAAAUGCUUAAAAGAAAAAUACACACAUCAAUCUUGUGAAAAAGUCUUCUGCCAGCCAUGGGAAAGAUGUGUUGAAGGAAGCUGUAUUUGCAAACUUCCUUACCAAUGUCCAAAGGCUGUUAUGUCGGUGUGUUCGACUACUGGAAAAACCUAUAAUAAUUAUUGUCAACUAAAAAGUCAUGAAUGCCUUUCUCAGAAAACAAAGUUUUUAACUAAUGGAACUUGCCAUAGUCAAGGCCAAUUUGAUCUUUCUUUGAAAUUUGGAGAUACAGAGUCAGAGGGACUUGUUGAAGUACAACUUGGGAAUACUACAGCAUUCAUAUGUAAAAAAAAUUGGAGCAUAACUGAAGCAAACGUGGCCUGCUUAUAUCGUGGGUUUAAAGGAGGAGCUGUUGAUUAUAAGAAAACAUUUAAUUUCCCUGAUGAUGUUGAUGUCAAGAUCACCGACUGUUUGGAAGCCAAUUGUAGAGGAUUGGAGACCACUUUGGCAGAAUGUGGUUUAACAAAAAGGAAGGCUAAUAGCAAGGAUUUGGCUGGUGUGGUGUGCCAUGCACAAGAAACAGACCUCCUCAAUGACGGUUCAUUCCCAUGUGUCAAUGGGAAGUACAUUCCACUGGAGCAAACUUGUGAUGGCAUCAAUGACUGUGGAGACCAAAGUGAUGAGCUGUGUUGUAAAGGGUGCAGAAGUGGAGGUUUCCAUUGUAAAUCAGGUGUUUGUAUUCCAAAAGAAUAUCAAUGUAAUGGUGAAAUGGACUGCAUCAAAGGAGAUGAUGAAGUGAAUUGUGAAGGCUUGGGACACUCUGAAGUUCAAGACUCUGAAGUUCAAGGCACUAGAAAUUUUGAACAUGCAGGCCAAGAACAAGCUGAAAUAUUGAGUGCUAAUAUGGAUGAAGACAGAAAAUUAUUGAAGUCUCUUUUACCCCAAAUAAGCUGUGGUGUUAGAAACAACACACACGUCACACACGUUCGAAGGAAACGGAUUGUAGGAGGACAGAUUGCAACUGAGGGGGAUUUCCCAUGGCAGGUGACAAUUAAAGAAGGUGAAAAAAUCCACUGUGGAGGAGUCUAUAUUGGUGGCUGUUGGAUACUGACCGCUGCACAUUGUGUCAGAAAAAAUGUAGCACAUCGGUACCUAGUAUGGACAGGAGUACUCGACUGGAUACGAUUCAACCCUGGAAUUGCAGUCCAAAGGGUAAAUCGAGUGAUAAUCCACGAAAACUAUAGUGGAAGCACCUAUCAAAAUGACAUUGCUUUGAUAGAAUUGCAAAAACAUCCAAACAAGGCCACGUGUGAGCUGGCACCUACUACCCCUGCCUGUGUCUCCUGGUCUCAGUAUCUCUUCAACCCCGGGGAUAAGUGCUUUGUUUCUGGCUUAGGACGAAAUAAAGGGCCAAGAAAUCUUUUUAGGCUCAGAUGGGGUGAAGUCAAGCUGAUAGGCAACUGUUCUAAAUAUUACUCAAAUCGCUUUUUUGAGAAGGAAAUGAUAUGUGCAGGAACAGAUGAUGGUUCUAUAGAUGCCUGUAAAGGAGAUUCUGGAGGGCCCUUAGUCUGUAUGAAUUCCAACAAUGUGUCUUAUGUUUGGGGCAUUGUGAGCUGGGGUGAAAAUUGUGGAAACCCUGAAUUUCCCGGUGUUUACACCAAAGUAUCCAACUAUUUUGACUGGAUUAGUUUUCACGUGGGAAGGCGUCUUAUUUCUCAAUAUAAUGUAUGAUGGUGUGGCUUCCUUGUCUUCUAUUACAGUCAGAAUUCCCACUUUAAAUAAGACAAUAUAUAAUUACUAACUUUUAAAGACAAAAAUAAACUUCCAAAAACCACAAAAACAUUUCAAAA